AUGGCUCUCUUUCCCGGUCCUCUUGCAGCCUUUCUCGGUCAAGAUCUUCGCUGUCUCCUCGGCACACUCUCGCACAUCAUCCACAAGGUCUCUUGCUCAUUGCUCUCUUCCUGUGGCGUUCCCGGUCAAGAUCUACGCUCUCUCUGUCUCCUCGCCGCAUGUCUGUCAUCCUCUGGUGGUCCUCGUGUCCCAUUCCAACAGAUCUACGCUCUCUCUGUCUCCUUGGCGCAUCACGGAACCGUCAUACUCUCGCUCGCUACGGUAGGCCUUCUUCCGAUCAAGUCAAGACCGACCUACGCUCGACCACUUGCAGCCGCUCUCCUUGUGACCGCUACGCGCCCUCCCCAAGAAAUCCACGACGAUGACGCUCUUCCCCAAGACGCGCACGACAAUUUCACUUCUGCCCGACUCUUCCUCAAGACAUCCACGACAACGACGCACUUCCCCAUGAUCCUGCGUCCGCUCCUUUUGACUCGCCGCGACGCCUUCUUGCGGUGGCUCCCUUCUCAUGCUCUGGCGGUCUCAAUCAAGAUCUACGCUGUCUGUCUCCGGCUCAUCCGCAAGGUCGCUCUCUUCCUGUGGCGGUCGAUCCUUGCUGGUUUCACAUUCAAGAUUUGCGCUACACUCUCGACAGUGGUCCGUCCUUUUCUGCUCGCCUCUUGUGUCCUCCUUUGA